GUAAAAAGCAGCUAGAUAGAUAGAUACAGGAUGGCGCUGGAUGUAAUUCACAAGUUUCUGAACCUGGUAGCUCCGCCCUUCACCUUCUUCGCUCUGCUUCUAUUGUGGGCCCCAUUCCAAGUCUUCAAGUUUCUCCUCUCAAUUUUGGGCUCAGCUACCGCCGAGGAUGUCGCCGGCAAGGUAAUCAUCAUUACAGGCGCUUCCUCCGGCAUUGGUGAGCAUCUUGCAUAUGAGUACGCGAAACGGGGAGCAUGUUUAGUUCUUGCCGCAAGGAGAGAGGUAAGUCUACAAGAAGUAGCGAAUCGGGCUUUACACAUGGGAGCUCCGGAAGCUCUAGCCAUCCGAGCAGAUGUUUCCAUUGUAGAAGACUGUAGAAGGAUUGUGGAUCAAGCCAUUAGUCACUUUGGCCGCAUUGAUCAUCUGGUUAACAAUGCUGGGAUAUCCUCAAUUUCAUUGUUUGAAGAGGUCGAGGAUCUCACUUCUCUUCGGCCCGUUAUGGUGAGAUCAAUGGAUUGUUCAAAGUUCAAACUUCUAUUUCUACAAUUCCUCGUCGGAAUGUAUAGUACGUAGCUAUUGGCAGGGGCGUAGCUAGGAUUGAAGGUUGGGCUGGACCGGUAUAUAGAAUUUUUCAGAUAAUUUUUUUUCACAUGAAUUUUUAGACUAAAAAUACAAAUAAUUUUCAAAUUUGGGGCAGGCCGUGGCCUGGUUGGCCACCCCUCUAGCUCCGCCCCUGGCUAUUGUUCCUCACCUAAUAUGGCACCUUAGCUUUGGCCAAAUACAAUUUGGUUAGGUCUACAAAUAUAAUUAAACUACGCGCUUAUUAGGCCUUGGAUGAAAGCUUUACAAUAUAAUCUGGCUAUUUUGUUUGGGUAAGAAACGCACAAAUGAACAACCGAUCGAUUUCCAACACCGGAGCGGAUUAUUGGUACGGAUUUAUGGCACCGUGACAAAAUUCGUACGACGUGCCAAUGUUUUUUGUCGCAAAAAAAUUAUUUUGUAAUUAAAGAUGGGAUUUAGAAAUAGUUUUUUAUUGCUUAGGAUGUUCUUACUUGGACUGUUUUAAGUAUCCAAUUUGGAGAUAUAUAAAAUACACAGAGAUCAAACAUUUACCAGAUCAAUUCAGACCAGAUCAGAACAAUUUAGAUCAGAUCAAGAAAUUCCAAUCCAAGUAUAAACACCUUAGUAGAGUAGUGAUCGAUGAAUAUCCAUUUUAAAAAUUGUUAGUUGAGCAACAAUUUUCUCUUUGAAUAUUUUAUGGACAAAUUGGCGUCCUAAUUACCUUUUUAGUACGGAGUAAUAGAUAGAUUUUGAGGUGCCGUAGCAUGCAUCUAAAUUAAGAAUGAACGAGUUAUCUAUCUUACGACAAAUAACUUAGUAUAGAGAGUCGGCCCCAAGAGAAACUCUAGGCGACCAUCCCCAACCCCAUCCGAUUUUGGAAGACGAAUACAUUCUCUAUUCAAUGAAAGAUUGAAUCAAAGGUUUUUUUAUACUUUGCUCGCUUUCAAUUUCUAUUUUCAAAGAAUUUGGUCCGACAUCUUCAUUGGCCGAGAAUUUUGUCCGCUUCAUGUGAGCGUGUGGUAUGUUAUUCUCCUAGCAAUGUUUAGACUUUAGAUGUUGUGUGUUUUUAAUCCGGUUAAUCGAUCUGGUAAAGCUUUUCAUCCCUGUUGUUCUUGUUGUUCUGAUGUUCGAAAUACUCGCCCACCACCUGAACCACCGCCUCAUUCUGGGAAGAAGAAGAUGAUCAAACGGAUCUCCUUUCAUUCUGGGAAGAAGAAGAUGAUCAAGCGGAUCUCCUUUUCGGUGGCUGGUCAAAACGAUGCUUCAAGAAAUUUUUACUCGGUUGAAUUCCCUUUGUUGGUUGCUGGUCAAACCAAUUCUCCCUUUCCGGUGGCUGGUGAAGCCGGAUCUUUUAGUUGUAAUUUUUUAAUUUCUCUUUGGAGUAGCAUCAACAAGGCUG